AUGCGUUACUCCUACACUGCUGUCCCCCUGGCCUUUGCCGCCCGUGCCGCCGCCGUCGCUAGCGACGCCUGGGCUUUCGGAAACGGGUUCUACACCGGCCCUCCCUCCGCCGGUCACAUCACCAAGGCCACCUGGUCCCUGGUCGCCCCCUCCGUCCCCUCGGACGUCGAGGUCUCGAACUCGGACGACGAGGUCUGGGUUUCCCUGUGGGUCGGUGUCUCUGCGAGCGCCGGUUCCUACGACGAUGACCUGUACCAGCCUCUGCUGAACUGGUCUCCGGACAACGAGUCUCAGGGCUGCCCUGCCUCCGACUCCGAGUGGUGUGUUGCUGCCAGCACCUACACUCCCGACGGCCAGAACGGCCAGGCCUACGUGACCGUCCCCAAGGACUCCCAGAUCGACUUCGAGGUCUACGUUGAGGACGACAAGGUCUACCAGGUCGUUUCCAUUGACGGCAAGACCGUCUCCAAGGAGAGCGACACCCUCGACCACCCCCUCCAGUACCUCUACUCCGGUGACGAGUGCUACACCGGCUCCGGUGACUGCGGUACCCUCGCUUCCUACAGCUGGAACAACAUCACCAUCACCCUGAGCGAGAAGAACGAGGCCUUCGGCACCACCCUGGACCUGUACAGCGGCUCCAGCUCCAACGGGUUCACCACCCCGGACAGCGGAAAGACCUGGGUCCUUGACUCGGUUGUGAUCAACAAGGACACCUUUGCUGAUGUCGAGACCAAAUAA